AUGUUCGAGAAUUCACUGUUGAUUAUCAAGCCGGACUAUCUGCAUAAGCGGCGUCCGGUGCUUUUGAAAUUGCUGUCUGAGGGAUUCCAGCUUCAGGGUAAUCGAAGGAUUGCCUUUUCCCCGGAAACCGCGGCCGAGUUUUAUGCCGAUUAUGCCGAUGAAAAGGGCUUUAUGCUGGAGGUCAUUCUGCUUUCGAAGGGCGUUUCUGAAGCAUUCAUAGUUACCAAGGAGAACGGCUUUCAGGACCUGCUCAACAUCAUGAUUUGUUAUUUUGGUUCGGCAUCAGAUCUGGAACGCAAUAUCCACGUUACAAAGAAUAGUUUCAGCGUUGCCCGUGAGAUAAACUUUAUUUUUCCCAACUAUAUUCAUGAGCCCCAUCAGAUGUUCGACCACAAUAACUUCUGCAAUCGACCGAUGCUGAAGCCGUUGAUGCAGGAGAUCUACGAUGUAAUGCAGAAUGAAGACUGCAGCCAGGAGAACUGGAAGGUGCGCUUGUCGGAUUACCUGGUGCGCAGCAACCCAAAGAUGCCGCAAAUCAGCAACCAGUGUCAACAGAGGCCGGAUGUGGGCAUCCAGGACAAAUCGCAGCAGACCACUAUGACCUAUGCCCCCAAGCCCAGUGCUAGGGGUGUUCAACCACGUGCCAAAAAGACCCAGAGUAGCAGUUCACCAUUGUCCACCACAUCACCACACUCUUCGAUGCUGCUCUCAUCUUCUUCGUGUGUCACAUGUGGCGGAUUCGAGAGGACUGAGACUUGUAUCUCGGAGUUGGAUCUGAAUAAGCGAGUGGAGCCGCAUGAUGCCGAAGAAGUUUGCGUAGACGAGGAGAUCCUGUGGAAGGAGGUGGUGGUUUUGGAGGAAAUCCAGCCGGAGGAGGAGCAGGAGUCCAAGGAGGCGCACAUUUUCGACAUGGAUGAAGAGCAAGAAGGGGAGGCAGGUGUCUCGGAUGUCGAAUCAGAUAAGAGUGUUCAUGAAGCAGCGCCACCACCAGCCAAAGAGGAGGAGUCAGAUGAGGAAGGUGCCGCUGAGCCAGUCGAAGCUGCCGCAGCUCCAGAAGUGGUUCCUCCUGCGGAAGUUGCAGAAGUUCCCCCUCCGGCUCCAGAAGCUCCUCCAGCAGAGGCAGCCCCUCCAGCUGAGGAAGCUCCUCCAGCCGAAGAACAGGCCGAAUAGAUUCAGUUUCCUAGUACACCUGUUGCCCCAAUAUUUGUUUGUUGUAGCAUAGAAAAAAUGGUCAGAAAAGCGCGCAAUUUUUGCCACACCGACAACUGCACCAGCACCAGUGGAAACCACCUUCGAAUGGCAAUUGCGCACUCUCAGAAUUUCGGUAGGAGGGUUCCAAAUGCUGGCCCUGCAGUUUUUUGCCCCCAGAAAGUGCAUCCCACACGGCAGCAACAUCAACAGGAGCAACAGCUUUUUAGCCUCCAACUUUCCGGCAGCAAAAUGGCACUGUUUUUUCUCCCUUUCAAGUGGCCAAUAAAAAAACGUAGAACAAUAAAACAAUGAAAUCAAAAUAAAUUUAUGGGCCAACUUUCAGCGGAAAAGUGGGUGUUGCAUGUGGCACACUUUUUCGCGGUGCAAAAUGCCCUGCAAUGGUGCUGCCAUUAACCCAAUUAAAGGGAUAACUAUAGACUGCGUGGGUUAAUUACAAUAAAUUGGCGUUUUAUCGAUCUUUUAUUAACUUUGAUCAAAAAUGGUAGUUGCAUUUUUAAAGCUUAUUUAUUUACUUCACUUAAGAUAAUACUAAGCAUAAACUGAAUCUUAGCUUAUAAUUAAACUGUACAUCUUUAAAACAUAGGUGAUAAUCUACCUGUCGCAGGAGAGUGCUCACUAAUGAGCUGCACAGUGGUUCCAAUUUUAGAGAUUAAGCAAAAUUAUAGUAAAACUAUAUUUUAAAUGGAUAUAUACUAUAUGGUUAAUUAAAAGCCCUCGAAAAUGAGUUCAAGUUUCUUUCGUAACUCUUAUUCGGAUCUUGCGUUUUUCAUUUU